AAACAUUUUGAAAAUUGAAAUUUUAAAAUACUCUAGCAAUAUGGCGACGGCUACGAGUGACUUUGAGCCAUGGCUAACUGAAAAGUUAAGAUCGUUGAAAACUGACGAAGGAGUUUUCGGAUCAUACAUAUCAGGUAUUUUAGAAAGUGAAGACAGUGUGGAUGAAAAAAAAGAUGCUUUAGAAGGCAUACUAUCUGAGAUAGUGGAAAAAGACAUUUCAACACACAUAGACGAGAUAAUUGAAAAAUGGGAGUCAUGUCGACCGAAGGAAGAAACCCCAAAACCCGUGACAGACGUAGAUGUGAGACUAGCCCAGUUGUUAGAAUCUCAAGCUCCAUCCACAACGACACGACGAGAGUAUACAGAUGAAGAGAAAAAAAUUCGCGAAGCUAUAUUGUCACAAUAUAGCCAACUUUCUGACAAUGAGGAAGAUGUUGCGAAUGAUGAAGAAACUGCUAGUCCGGACUUAGUUAAGAAUACAAAUGCAGCUGAUGUGCAUGCAGCAGCUCGUGAACGCCGUGAACAGGCUCGGCUUGAUGCCCAGAAAAAGAAAGAAAAGGAUAAGGAAGACAGAGAAAAACAAAAGCAACUAAAGGAGGAGAAAAAGGAAAAGCGCAAGACACAAAAAGGUGAAAGGAAAAGGUAGCAAAACAAAUGUAAAAUACUUGGCUGACUGUUCAAGAUUGCUUUGUGAAUAUGAUGUUAAAAUCUUGUUAAUAUUGCUCAAUAUUGCACAAAUGCAAACUGGACAUUCAUAUACCCAUGUGUCUUAGUAUGAUUAAUGUAUUCUAAUAUAAAGCAAUAACUUCAGUUUUGUUUAGUAUAAAGAGAAUGGUCAUAGUAACUAGAUAUUUCCAUGAAUCAAAAGGCAUAAUUUUUUUAGUGAUGAUACAAUUUUCAAUUAAAAUAUUUCUAUUUCAUGUGGACAUGUCACAUGAUACAAAAAUAAUUUUAAAGUAUUUAAACCCAACAAUGUGCACUUAUACUAGUAUAAAUCAUUUUUAAUAACCCAUGGAGUGCUGUGCUGGAACAUGGAUCCAUGUGAGACAGUCAUGUGGUUAAUUAGUACUAUGUUUUUAAAAUUGAAUGUUAUCUAUUUGUAAAUUGUGCUUUAUAAUACUCUUGAUUAGUAAACAUUAUAAAUUAGAAGAUUUUUAAUGGAAAUUAAAAUCACACUUAAAAGUAAUAAUGAAGAUGGAUGACAUCUUUGCAAUGUUUUGUUUAAAUUAUUAAUUGUUAAAAUCAAUCACGAAUUAAAAUGUUAUUUUAUAUUAAUAUCUUGUCUACUUGUUCCUAAGAACAUUAAAUGCGAGACAAGUUGCUAUGACCAAUUCCAAAUUUUUUAUUAUUAAGUUUUGGUAUUAUUUUGAACUGGUAUUUAGUUUGUAUGUUAAUUCAAUAUUUCAAAGCUACCUAACACCAAUGUGUCUCUUAAAUUGUUAGGAUUUUUUAGAAGUGUUGUUAAAAUUGUAAUAAUGUGUAAUAUAAUUUGGCAUUUUAUAGGUAACUACUUUGAUAUGAGCUAAAACUAGGAAUAUAUCAUGUUAUUAAAUUAAAAUGUAUUUAAUAAUACAACAUGGUUUUUAUAGUGAUGAAAUUGAACUAGGUAUAUUAUAUCUUUGAAACAGUGAUGUUUAAAAGAUUGACUCAAAUAUAUCAGAACACAUUUAAUCUGCAUUAUUACAGUAAUAAAAAGUAUUUCUAUGUUAAACCAAUAUGUAUAUCAAACAGGUGCACAUAAUACAGGCAGUAUGCUUUUUGUUUCUCUUUCACACUAAAAGCAUACUGUCCUGUAAAAUUAUUUAUUUAUUCUGGUUAUGCUCUUUGCAUUUCAAAUAUGCUUUUUAGUCAUUACUAUAAUAGUUGUUAUUUAUUAUGAUGCCGUACAUGUGUAAUAUUUUAAUAAAAUCACAUGUGCAAGUGA